CCACGCUCAGAGGACGCUGAUCAGCUGGCCUGUCAUAAUAUUACGCAGCAUUACGCGCAUGUGUGUGUGGGUAAUGUUGGUGUCCGUGUUGUCUCUUCACUCCACGUUGAACUAGACAUGGCAGCCAAGAUGGAGCUCGCUCCCCUCAGACCGUGGGAUGAUUUCUACCCCGGUACCGACCGGUUCUCCAAACCGGAGUUCGGAGAUUUAACCAAGUGGAACAACAGAGUGAUCAGUAACUUGCUGUACUACCAGACCAAUUACUUCGCCGUGGCUGUGGUGGUUUUCCUCAUCGUAGGGUUCCUGAACCCACUUGGCAUGCUCCUGGGAGGAUCUGUGGUGACUCUGGUCUUCAUGGGUUCGGUGUGGGCAGGAGAGAACCAGGCCAUGGUGAAGAGCUUCAAAAGGAAGAACCCCACUCUGUUUAUCAUCGUGGUCAUGGGCACCAGUUACUUUCUGCUGUCGCUGUGUGGCGGCGUCAUGGUCUUCAUCUUUGGAAUCACCUUCCCUUUGCUGUUAAUUCUGAUCCACGCCUCUCUGAGACUGCGCAACAUGAAGAACAGACUGGAGAACAAUAUCGAGGGCGCCGGGCUGAAGAAGACCCCCAUGGGCGUCAUCAUGGAUCUCCUGGAUCAGCAGGAGGAGAAAAUGAACAAGGUUCGGGAUUUCAUUGAGAGCAAGCUGAAGGAAUAAGGCUCUAGCCAAACGCGUGCCAAGGGAAGUCAGUGUCAUACAGUAUGGAUUUAAAAUUUCCAUAGCAUAUUGUCCCAUGUGUUGAGUUUUUAUCCCCCCCUAUACAUGUAAAAGUUACUGAUGUUUGCAUUCCCACUCUUUUUAUCCAUUUGGUUUACUUUAUUCUCUCAUACUUUAGUGUGACUUUACUCACAGAUAGUAACAUUAUAACACAAUCACAGCGUGGAUUGGAUGUUGAAAGGCACCAAAUGUUACCAAAGGUCAUUCCUGUGUCAAAAAAAUGUUCCAAAAGCAAAUCGUAUCUUUGUCGACGACGCACUUUGUUCCACAUGACGGUUAUUUAUUUCAGCAAAACGAAUCAGAAUGUGCUGUUAUUAGAUACCAAUUGUAGAAAAAAAAUCUGAUCCUUUCAGUUUGCUACCUCAAAACAAGCAUGUUUAAUUUACCCAACACACAGUGAACUGUUAACUGCUUAUUAAACAGCAAUAAAUUCCAUCUUGUCACUCCUCUGGAUCUUUAUGAAUACUGAUCUGAGACCAGUUUGCUUCUUGUGUAGACAUGGUUAUAUGGCCUAACUCUGGAGUUUAAAUAUUCCUGACCAUACAGGCUGGCCUGAGCGUAUCCCUUCUGAUCACAGCUAUGCAAUAUUAAAAAAAAAAAAUGAAUGGCAAGUGCAGCUUUAUUGUUUCAAUAUUAUGUCAUGAUAUGUACAUGUUUGUUGUUAAUUCUGAUGUGUCUUUAUUUUCACGAUAUAGCAUGCGGAAAUGUAUAAAAUGGCUACAGGAUACAAAGUACAUAACUUUCAUUGAGAAAAAAAAUAUAUAUACUAAAUUAAUUAACCUCCCAUGCUAUUUUCCCUAUUCUUUGUUGGGCCUUUUUCUUGAAAAUUAAAAAUCUAAAUUAAAUCUGUCAUCUGUAAUGUUUAGUGUUCAUUUUAUACCGUUACUCCUGAUAGUAGGAGCAGUUGUUUUCUGUUGCUUCUCCACACGUGCACUUUGACUGCAGUUUGUGCAUGCUACCUUCACAAAAUGGCAGUUCAGAACGACUGUUUAUGUUAUACGGAUGCUAUAUUAUAUAUUCUCUAUGUUUUUAUGUGACUUUUUCAUUCUUUAAAAGUGAUGAUGAAAUCACAGAACUGGAAGUAAAAUAUGGCUGUCCUCUAUAAAAAUAAAUAAAGAGAACCUGAUUUA